AUGGAGCGCAUAACGCAAAAAUCGUGCCGCUUCGUUGGGGCCGUGUGCCACUUCUGUAAUAACAAGGGCCACAUUGUCGCUGCGUGCCGCCAAAAGGAGAGAGCCGAACGUCGACGGUCAGCAAUCCGCAACAACAGGCUGGAGACGGUGGACCCAUUGAAGAGAGACUACUGUGUCUUCGCCGUGGAGCCACCCGUAUUUUGCGAUGUGAUAAUCAACGGCUGCAAUCUGCGGAUGGAAGUUGACUCCGGGUCGGCUUUUACGGUUGUCAAGCCGCGUGUGAUGCGCCAGCUCCGCAUUUCCAAAAGCAGCCUCAGGCCGUGCACCUUCCAGCUGCGCUCUUAUACACGGCAGAGUCUUCGGAUUCUCGGGAAAGCAGCAGCGGACGUUUCCUUCAAGGGCAAAAGCGUGGAAUUGGAGCUUCUGGUUGUAAAGGGAUUUGGCGUCAGUCUCUUAGGGCGCGACUGGUUCCGGUCCUUGGGCAUUUCCCUGGAGCGUGUCAACCAUGUCGACGCCUCGUUGCAGCAUGUUCAGGCAGCCACAGUCCAUAAUGUGAUGAGCGAAUUUUCUGAGGUGUUCCAAGCAGGACUCGGGAGAAGCAAGGGGCCGCCGGUUCGUGUAGAUAUCGACCCCGCCGUGAGUCCCAAGUUCUUUAAGGCCCGCCAAGUGCCACUUCCGCUGCUGCCAAAAGUCGACGAGUCCAUCGAUAAACUGGUUGUGAUGAUGUGA